UGUGAGAGAUCAGAUUGGAAUGGGCUGGCCCUUGGGCUUUCACUGGCUCCAGGGAACCUGUCACUGUUGACUGUGAGUAACGGAGCCUCCCCUUCCACCUAGAGCCAUAUAAAGCCUCUGGAGGCACAUUCCCAGCUGCUCACUGCGACCAUGAAGACUGUCCUCUUUGUCCUGCUGGCCAUCUCUUUGGCCCUGCAUCCAGGUGCCGCCCUGCAGUGCUAUUCAUGCACAGCACAGGUGAGCAACAAAGAUUGCCUGAAUGUGCAGAACUGCAGCCAGGAAGAGAACAGCUGUUGGACGUCACGUGUCCGGGCCAUUGGACUCGUGAGGCUGAUCAGUAAGGGCUGCAGCGCAAACUGUAUGGAUGACUCGGAGGACUACUACGUGGGCAAGAAGAACGUCACGUGCUGCUACACCGACCUGUGCAAUGUCAAUGGGGCCCAAACCCUGAAGCCUGCCACCACCCUGGGGCUGCUCACUGUGCUCUGCAGCCUGUGGCUGUGGGGCUCCAGCCAUCACUAGGCUCUGGAAGAACCCCUACUAAAAACCCCUACUGUGCAGGGACGCCCCCCACCUCAACUCCUAACAUCCACACAGGGCUGGCCUGCCCCCCUUGGGGCUCUCUCCUCUCUGCAGCUGCUCUCUCUACAGCUGGCACUUUGCCCACCCCCGCCAGUUCUGCCCAGGCACUUCUGUUGCAGGACUCCCUCUUCACUCUGUUCUCCGGGACUUGAGCCAAUCUGCACAGCAGCACUCGGGGAGGGCCUGGUAAAGGCUGAGAUAAGACGAAGAGAGCAGAAAUGAAGCUGGGAGGUGGGUGUGAGGUGCCGGGAGUCCUAGGAGAUGACGCUGGGUGGAGGACCUGCCCCAUGUUCAUUGAGCCCUCGAACACAGUAGUCCUGUAAUAAAUAUAUGUUGGGUAAGUGGA